CUUGCCGAGCAUUGGCCGAGAAAUGUCUCGCAUUCUUCGGGGAACCUGCCAAGGAGGAGAAGGGGAAGGUCUAGGCCUAAUAACCUGUCGCUUUGGAAGUGGUCCGUGCUCUUGACGUUGACAUUUGUGUGGUGUUCAGCGAAAGAUCGUUGCCCGAGUCUUGGAUACAACGUGUAUUUUGUGUUUAAGUGAAAAGCAAGUUUUACCCAACUCGAUGGGCAUGUUGAAGAGCUCGAGCCAUGACAGAACCAUUGCUGCAAUGGGCAGCCAUGGCAAAGUGCAGUUCUCAUCUAGUCUGUGGGUUCCUGGAGCAUCCUGGGGACCCCUCUGCAGCAGUUGUCGGGCCAGCUGAGCCAUGGAGUGCGUGGCAGGAGGGUCAGGCCUUGGUGGCGCCCUCCCCAAGGUUCGCAGCAGCUCGCCCGGUGACUUGGGCUACCACACACUGUUGCCCGCACCAGGAUGGCCAACCACAGCCACAAGCAAUAGUCACCACCAGCGACCAUCAGCAAAGAGCUGCCUCUUUGACCGACUGCCAGAUGAUCUGCUGCUUCGUGUUCUCGCCUGCCUUUCGAGCGACGAGCUGUGUCGGUGCGCUCGCGUCUGUCGGCGGUGGUACUUCCGCUGGGAGCCUCGCUUGUGGACCAGCAUUGUGUUGGCAUCUGAGCACCUGCCCGUCGACCAGGGCUUGCGUACCAUUUUCCGGUUGCUGAGCCGGGAUACUCCUGGUGUGUGUUCUGCUGUGGAGCGUAUCUGCCUGAGCGGCUGCCUGUGCCUCACCGACAGUGGCCUAACUGCGGCGGCUCGGAGAUGUCCUCAGCUGCGGACGCUAGAAGUGCGCGGGUGUUCCCAAGUCACGGAUGUGGGUGUUUCAGAAGUGGUCACACGCUGCCUCAACUUGUCACGCCUCGAUGUCACUGGCUGUUACCAGGUAACGAGUAUACGUCCGAGGCAUGGGGCCAACUUGGAAAUGGGUGAGUCCCUUGGUGGCCUGGCUCCAUCGGGCGGAGGCCAAUUGUACCUGCAGUACGUCGACCUUACCGACUGUCAAGCCUUGGAGGACUCGGGGCUGAAAGCCUUGGCCAGAGCAUGCCCGCAGCUCACACAUCUCUUCCUGCGGCGCUGUGUGCGGCUGACUGAUGCUGCACUCAAGUGUGUGGCCAGCUACUGUGUUGUGCUGAGGGAGCUCAGCAUCAGUGACUGCGUCCAGGUGACAGACUUUGGCCUGUACGAGCUUGCCAAGUUAGGUCCUCACCUACGCUACCUGAGCGUGGCCAAGUGCGAGAGGGUGUCAGAUGCUGGGCUGAAGCAGGUGUGCCGGCACUGCUACCGGUUACGCUACCUCAACGCCCGAGGCUGUGAGGCGGUCUCGGACGCCACUCUGGAAGUCCUGGCUCGCUCUUGUCCAAGGCUUCGAGCCCUUGAUGUUGGAAAAUGCGAGGUCGGAGACCGGGGCCUGGCGUUCCUUGCCCGUCACUGCCUGAACUUGCGCAAGCUGAGCCUCAAGUCAUGUGACCUGGUCACUGACCGAGGCCUGCAGGCCCUGGCCUACUUCUGCCGGGGCCUGCAGCAGCUCAGCCUGCAGGACUGCGCGGGGGUGACCGUGGACGGCUACCGCAUUGUGCGCAAGUACUGCCGUCGCUGCAUCAUUGAGCACACCAAUCCGGGCUUCCACUGAACAGCACUCCUCGGCCGGGUAGCGAGAAUGGAUGGAAGGAGGGCUGGAGAACCACACCUUGGCACGACCAAAUAGUAGCACUAGCAAUCUGAAUUCUGGCAAAUGAGUCGUUAAAACUUGCUAAAUGAAUUCAAUUCCAAAAUUGGAAUUUUGGCCUGCAUUUUCUCUUCUAGCAAACAACCGCUUACCAUGAAAUGAACAAGAACAGUUGUGAAAGAAUAUUUGAACACUCUGAAAUGAUGGGGUUUCUAAAACACAACCCCUGUUUGCACACACACAUGUUGGGGCCAGCAGAGAGCUUUUCCUUCCGUCCAUUCUCUGUGCCCUCGGCUAAUGAUAGUGUUGAUUCGUGCCUGUGCCUGGACACUCAACACAGGGCUUCCAAGAACUGCGUCUAAAGCCUGCCCCGCAUGGAGCAUUUACUGCACGUGAAAUUGCACUGUGUGUACCGUGGACAAUGCAUCAUCGUCAUAUGCAACACCCGCAUGCAACAAAUGGCGCCAAGGUUCAUCCCAAUGACAGGUGCUGAGACAUGCACUACUGCAACUACCGCUCCACACAAAAGUCAUCUUGACAAAAGGAAAGCACUUCAAUGAUCAAAGUUGCUUAUCAUCUCAAAAAUACCACAUGAGGUUGUUGUUCAGGUUUCAAUUAAAGGGGCACUGCAACACUUUUUGAACAUUGUAAGGAAAUGUUUGCAAUCUGUAAACAAUGCUGCCACAAACAUGCGAACCAAAUAUUAUUCCACUGCAUGUAGCAGGGAGCAUUCAUUCUUUCCUAACACAGUUAAACCUCGAUAUAACGAAGUUGGUGAAAAUUGGCAAUUUGCUUUGUUAUAUUGAAAUUUUGUUAUAUUGAUAUUCGACCUUUUAUGCAGUCACUGGUAAAUCUUUCUUUCACGGAAGGGGCCGCAAAAUUUUUCGAGUUGUUGGGAAAUUGGAAGAAUCAUAUUUGAAUGUGGAAAGAAAAUUCAUUUUGUUGAAUUUGUGAGUCGACGACGAGAAAGAUAAGGUUUCAUGCCGUGUCGACGAUAUAUUCACAUCGGCGGUACGAAACAUAGCCAGCCACACUUUUGCGUCCACUCAACACCCGCAGAUGAUAGUCUCACCCGCAGUGGGACGACACUAUCAUGAAAAGCGCUGGCAGCAGGGAGCAAAUGCUUUGUCUGCCUCUCGCUUCAACACGUCUCUGAAACUUGACAUUAUGCAACCUCCAGUACUAAACGCCUGGGAAGAAAGCGCGCGAUACCACGCCAUCUUAGCAUGCCCACUCCUUGCAGACGUGACAGAUUAUUUCUAAAAAUAACGUGCAAGUUGCAUAUGCACUCAGCUGCACUGACAGCCAUGCACGGCCAUGUACCCUCUAGAAAAGGAGACUCGUGUGAACAUGCCCCCCUCCGCUUGCGCGGGAAGACACCACCAUCAAGUUAGCAUCCUUCUCAGCUCACCCUCGCAUGCUUUUACUCGCACCUAAAGCAUACAACGCGGAACGUGCAUAGGAUCUCAUCGUACUUAUACUUUAUACGGAACAUGACGCUGCUCCGCUUUGGUGGUCGCCGUCGGUCACGCAUUAUUUGAGAGGUGCAUUCGCAAGCAGCCACUUGUAAUUCAGCCAUUUGAAUUUAUUAUCUCUGUAUUCCUUCGUGGCAGUGGUGAAAUUUCAUUACAGUUGUCCGAAAAAUCGGGCAGUCCAAAAACAUAAAUGGGCAUGUCUUUUACAGCCCCCAAGAGCUCAAAUCGCCACAGGCACGUGCGAAGUAGCUCUAAAGGCCUGCUAGUACACUUAUUAGGUGUAUCGGUGCUCUUACUGUGAUAGGAGAUGGCAGGUGCCCACGGGUAUAAUCAAGCAAAACAUACCGUGUCCUGUGAUAGUUGCCCCUUCCCAGUCUUGGUAUGCUUCACCGCAGUACAUUGCGUAUGCUUCACGCAUAACAUAGCUAUAUUGAGGCAAAGCUGACUUCCGGGAACCGGAUUUAUGCAAUGCGCUGUGAUUUCCGAACUUCGAAGCCAUUAGCGAGGAUUACAAAGGCAGAGUCGGCACCACUGCUAACAACGGCGCAUUGUUUCAAUGAAAAACACGGCACCGAACAGCAAGAAGCUUGGUAGCAAAUGUCGAAGUAGCUAGGCCUAAUGUUGCUGCGUGGGUGGCUACGGCUGCCAGCGGAUCUGCGUCCGAGAGCGCCGGUUCGAGGCGCGACAUAAUAAAAAUGGUGGUGGUGGUGGCUUUGAUUAAUGCCGUUUCGGACCUGCGGUCAUGGCAAAAUGUCCGAAAAAUUGGUUGUUGACUGUAUAUGAAAAUCAUGUAUAAACACACUUCGUCAUAUUGAGGUUCUAAAUACAUGGUGUUCUAUGGACAAGCUAUAAAAAGCUAAAUACGUCAUUAUACCGAGGUUUAACUGUAGUGUAGAUCAAUUGAUCUCUUUUGCUGCUGUCAGUGAUGUCAAAGACCCGCGCAAGAGCCCAUAAACACCAGCCAUUGGGCAACUGUUCAUGAAUUACUCCUGAGCUAACACUCGCACAUGCAUGCACAGCCUUCCACUCUUCAUUCAAGCCAGCUGGGAAGUGGUGGCUGUUAAUGCAUCCCGACCAUCCUGUCACCGCUCAUUUGUCAUCCUCGAACACCGUUGUCUAAUGCUAACCAUAAAGGGUUACCUUAUGUACCCCGCAUAAUGAAAAAGACGAACGAAGUAAUAGGCAUAGCAUUGCUGUCGCUGCCGCCACAGCUGAGAGGAAACGCAUUGAAAGGGAGUGGGAAAAGUAAACAUUGCUCUCUUUAUGUGUUCGUUUUAUUAGGUUCUUUUCAAAAUUUCUACACAAAUAGUAUAAAAUAUUCACUGAAAGGCAUUGCACUUAUUUCAUUGUGCAUGUUAGAUUGGAAGAAAAGCUGUUGCAGGACCCCUUUAAAAGGUACCACUGAUUAUUUGCCACUGUGCUAUGCCUAACCAUGUUGCACUAGGGCAGUCUUGCUAUGGCGUACCUUGCAUUAGAUUGAUGUGUUCAAGUGAUCUGCAUGCAGCAUAGAUUGGUGAUAGCUUCAACGCACGUAGUUAGCACGGUGUUUUUUGGCUCGGCAAGAAUCUGUCGCCAACAAGAAAACAUGUAGGUUGGCAUCUCAAAUCUCUCCUGACUGGCACUUAUGCAGUCUGUUCACGUGCAAAAUGUGCCAUGCUCGUCAUCCUUAUUAAGGCGAGGCAAAAGAAGAUGCUGGGAACAACCAUCUUCCAUAUUGGAAGCGGCAGCUUGGGAGUUGAGCUGUCACGGAUAAAGCUCCUUUCAGUCAUUUAUUUACCCAUUGUGAGCCAACUUGUAAGAUAAGAAAAGGAACACACUCGGUUCUAUUUUUGUACAGUUACCUGCGGGACUUGUAAAGAAGGUCUACCGACGAUCACGGUUGCACUUUUGCUGCCGGUUUGUAGAAAUAUACGGCUAACUGUGGUUAAGUACAGUGUAUGUUUGCAUGUAAAUUAUACACAGGUAUGCCAGAAAGCGGGUAGGGCUUAAAGUCUUCCUGCAAUGAAGUGUGGGUCCGUCAUGCACAUUUCAUCCUUUCUGUAGUUAGUGUGGAGACAUCCACUUCCAAGUGUAGUAACUAGAUGGAUUACAUUUUAAUGACUGUGACAUUGCCUUGACCCUUGGGGACAUUCAUAGCAUUUGAAGAAUAUCGGGACAGAGACCUGUUCCUGUUGUAUUGUGUGCAUUUACCGUCAUUGGCAAAAAGAAGUCAAGGCUCUUUGCUCUUUGAACUUAAUGCCUAUAGGUGCUUUAGCUUGUAUUAAUAUGCACUGACACGUGCAAAAUGUGUGUUUUACUUGACAGGAAGACUUGAAACGAGGGGCUCAAAAAAUUGCCUUAUCUUUCUCUUCUUUAUUUUUGCUUUCUCACUUUGUGAUUUUUCAUGGAAACUGAGUGCAAUAUGUGUGCCUUGUAAAAGGUUUAGUUACCAUGAACGAAUGUACUUUUGCAGAUGGAAAAGUGAUCAGGCGAUUUACUAACCAAAACAUAGUGGUUGUGAGGCCUUAUGUAAUGGAGAGCGUUUCUUCAAGCACAAUUGUGCUGUGGUGCAAUUUUGACCACUGUGAAGGCAGUGACAAAUAUUAAAAGAAAGGCUGAAAGUGAGCCUACUGGCAGAAACAGUUUUAUGAGCUGAAGCUCUGGUUUUGUGUUUUGUACGUAACAAGAAAUGACGGUUGCUAUAGAUGUAUCUGACAUCAUUGUGGAUAAAAUUCAAGAUUUGCGUUUCAUUUUGUGUUUGUGGUUUUAAAAUGCUGGACUUACCAUUUGUUUGAAGCCUUUUAUUGCCAUUCAUUAUUGCUUCACAUAUUUUUAAACCUUACAUGGUAGUUUACAAAAACAUUCAAGAUAAUCAUAGGCGUGCCUAGCUGUUUGAUUGCUGUCAAGGUUGAAGAUGGGCCUGGUGCUAAACUCGAACAGAUGCGUUUUGUCUGCUGCAUGGUUCUUUUCAGCCCCUGCCCCAUAUUGUUGCCUUGAUUUAAAAAUGUGGUGUUUAUGUACAGAGAAAUACAAACUUUUGCAACCUUCAGCUGCCUUCAGAGUGCAGAAGGAAAAAAAUGCUAGUGCAUGGUAUCUGCAAGCGAUCAAAAUUAAUCAGAGGUCCUUCACUACAGCAGCUCUCGAGUGCCACAGUGCACAUAAACUUUAGUAAUCGCUGCGUUUAUUGAAAUGUACUUGACUGUUUCGUCAGCACUACCACACAGCAUUGCUGCAGCAACAGGAAGAACACAGCAUGCAAAUGCUAUAAGAGAUGCAGCACGAGCAGUGCAGUACAUGAAGGCAAGCAAGAAAUUACCACUUUACAACGCUCUUGUUGUACGUCUAAGUGAUAAACAUUGCAAACUUUUUUUGCAUUUUGGCUUUACUCUGACAUGACCAGUGCAUACCGUCCAGCUAUCCUGAAUUUUCCUUAAAUUUACGAAAAGGGGUUUGUUCUAUGAUUUUACGAAUUUUGUGUCAAGUUUUCCAAAAAAUGAAUUCUGUUCGCAAAAAAUUUUCGCUCAUUGGUUCUCCUGUAUACCCUUGGAAGUCAUUGAAAGAGCAUUAGUGCUUCGAGCAAGGUUUUUCAGACAAGUUCUUGAAGCAGGCCAAGUCUACAACAGCAAAGUAGCUGAAAAACUGAUGUGCCAAGUGCACUGCUGUUUGUGUGCUGCUUCUAAAGAUAAAUCAUUGUUAAUAAUGCACAUAUGCAUCCCUCAAAAGCUGUGUAUACAAGGAAAGCUUUUAAAAAUAUGUGCUAUUCCCCCCCCCAAGGGUGUUUUCGCAUUUCAGCCGCAUUUCAAUGGGGGCCAAAUGCAAAAACAACCGUGUACUUAGAUUUAGGUACAUGUUAAACAACCCCAGGUGGUCCAAAUUAUUUCAGAGUCCCCCACUGCUGCAUGCCUCAUAAUCAGAUCGUGGUUCUGGCACUUAAAACCCCCAUAAUUUAAUUCCCCCCACCCCCCUUCGUUGUCAGGUCUGCAAAAUUUUUACGUAUUUUGAAGUUUCUGUGUUGGCAGGUGUGCCAGUAUGUUUACCUUUUUUUGUUUUCUUUCAUGGUAGUUUGCACUCAUCUGAAUUGUCCUCUGCUCUGCCAAAUUCUUCCAAAUCAAGAAUAUUUGAUACUAUUCACCAAUUAUGAAGGCCUACUAUGGCCAGGACUCAGUGGCUCAUCCAAAUUUCUGAGUCAAAUAAGUGUUAAAUUAACAACUGUUUGUAGUAUUUUGGUGUUUAAUUAUUAUUGCAUUUAUUGGUGGUGACAGUACACAGACUGUAUGCACUUAGACUGGUACAUGCCACGAUUUUAUUAUAAAACUUGGAGCUAUCUUGUUCUCAAACUCUCAUUUUCAAUGUGCUGCUUUAUUACAGUGACAUGCUUAGUGGCAGGUGUUGUGGUUUGUUCUUGCAAUGCCUUAUUACGGCAAUGUUUUUUGCAUGCUGGUCAUGUACAUUAAGGUGACAAAUGCAUUUGCAUGCUCAUUCAUUGCAUGCCAGAAUAAUUUUAGAAGCUUAUCUGGCUGAGCAAAGAUACGGGCUGCUGUCUGGCACUAAUUCUCAUUUCAUCAAAUGUCUCCAAUAGUAAAAAAAGGUUCGGUUUAGAGGUAAUGUUAAUUUUCCAACUUAGAAAUAAGGGAGAAGAGUAUCCAUACCUCACACGUGAAUAUAUAUGUGCACUCAUUUUGUAGUACACAAAAUCUGGAAUGCAUGUUGUCACAACACUCUUCUACAUUAAGGAAGUAAAUACCAGUGGUUAAAGCUAGUGAAGAAUGGAAUGGCCGUAUCUGAGAAAUAAAGCCAAUAACUACAUUAUUUACUCUAGCCUGAGCCAAUCUUAAUUUUUAUCUAUUGUAAGUAGGGCUUCAGUUGGGCCAGGUGGUUUUACAUUCUCUUGGAUAAACACACUGUUUUGCACACAACUUCAAAACUGGAUGGAACACACACCAUACAGAGUUUGUGCUGUGUGUCUUGUUGCCUUUAUUCUUCUUAGCUGCUGCUCGGCAAUGAACUUGGGAAUACUUAUUAUUAUUUAUUCUGCUGCUAGCAUUUUCCUCAUGCUGGUCAUGAGGAGCUAUUGAAUUCUAAUUGCAUCACACGCUCAGAUUUCUGUUUCUUACUGUACCUGUGUUAUACGUGCUGCUUUAAGCUUUGCUAUCAAGUUGUUUUGCAUGACUCAAUGGCACUAUUGCCUGUGAUGGUGUAUUACUCAUACAUGUUGACUUCUUCUCUUAUAGGAACUAUCUCUACUCUGGCUCAGCUCAUUUUAGAACGAAUAGCCUUCUUUGGCUCUUUUAGGACGUUUUUGUGGUUGGUCGAUGGUUAGACUCUGCAAGGAAAACUUUUUUUUUUUUUUUCGUUCGACCUAUUUCCUUACUUUGAAUCAUUGUAGAUGGUUUCUGCACAAUUGUGUUUUUUUUUUUUCCCUCUUUUUUUUUUACUGAACCUUUAAUGUUUGCAUAAACACCACAGCCCACACUUUUUUUUUUACUUUACAGUGCAAGUGUACUUCAAAUGGAAGAUCCAUUUAAAUUGUUGUGUGCCCAGAGGGAACAACUUAUAUAUAAAAUCUAAUCUUUCAUCACGGGACAUCCACCUAACUCAUAGCUGGCAAUUACAUUGAAGUGAGGAAAUCUUCCAACUUAUGUCAGCCUCAGUAUCAAUGAGGUGUUUACUGUAGGAGUGGAUGUUGAUGCGCAUUUUUUUUUACCAUUCCACUGCAUUUGAGGUUUAGUUGUUCCAAGUAUCUGUGCUGUUGAUACUGAUUCAUGCCGAGUUCUUAUGUAUUUUGAAUUUAUUUUCUUGAAGGACCAUUCAAAUAAUCCUUUGCAUCGGGUAGAACUGAACUUGGAAGGCAGGCUUCAUGAUGGCUUUGACUUGAAUAGACUAGGCAAUUACAUUGUAGGCCUACUGCUCCACAUGGUGCAGAAUUACUCAUUCAUCAUCACUUCAAUAUGCCUAAUACAUUGUUACUGCUGCUUCCAAGCACUGAUUGAGUUGUGAUGUUCUGGGAGCCAUUUGUUUACAAAAUAGGUAACGUCACUGGCUGCAGGGAGUUGUUACUUGUGUCGCACAAUACUCGCAAGCCAUAAUAUGUUUAUUCCAGGAGUGUGCAGACCGGUUUUAAAGCUUUUCUAAUGAACAAAGAGCUCUGUCCUGCUUGAACUCUUGCCUAUCUCUUCUUUUUCUAAUGUAUUAUGUGGUGUGUUGCUGGAAGGAUGAAGGAAUGAAAAUGUCAGUAAUAUAGUUCACUGCCAUGUAUAGUCAUAGACACCUUGAAGAUAAAAAAAAAAAUACUAGGCCAGCUAAGUUUUUUGCACAAUGAAAACUCCACUUCAAUGGUGUGCGACUCUGCCUUCAAAGAUGAGUUAGGUUCCAUGCUGGCUUCGAGUGCAGAGCUGGUGCGGUUGAACCUGUUGCACAGUAGCAUGCCAGUAGGGGAAUGACCAUGAAUUCUGCCCAAAACAUGCCAAAAUUAGAUCACAGGAAGCAUAUUCCAUUGUGGAGUCAAUUUCUAUACUUCAUUUCUGUCAUUUAUGUGAUUUUGAUGCAUUUGUUUUAAACGCUGAAUAAAACACACCGGAAUGUGCUUGUCGUCAUUAUCAACUUCAACAUUAUUUUGCACUAAGCAGUGGUGCUUGCAUUUCAGAGUGAAUAUAAUGUGCAAUCCACGUCAAACUUUGACUAUGCACAUCUGAAGGCAGUAAUCUGCCUCAUGGAAAUAUUUUUUAAACAUAAAACCAUGAAAGCCGAGCAGUGUCCUUAACUUACACCUUACUAUCUUGCCAUGCAUGUUAAAAAGCACUGCAGGUGCAUGUAGGGACCACAUUCAUGUCUGCCGUGAGCUUGAAGGCACCAACACUGGAGAUGUUUGCUUCAGGAUUACCUACCACAAUGUAUCUUUGUCACAUAAGUUUGUGUUUUUCAUUUCUGAAUGGGAAUGAUGAGAAUUCAUCGCUCAAGCAUCAUUUUCAAAUGUAUAAUUAAGUAAAAAUACUAAAUCAUUAAAACGCAUGUGGAAAUUUGUUGGCCGUAAUGAGUUCAAAUUGUCAUAGCAAAACAGUCCAUUGUGCAUUUAAGCAAACUUGCGAGUUAUAUUCAAUAAGCUACAACAGUAGUUAUUGAAGUGAUAUACAGACACCUAUGCAGCACAUUUGUUUAGCACUAUCUCUCAAGACAUUGCCACUUUGAUUUUCUCAAGCCACAUGCCAGGUACUUGCAGUGCAGUUACAGUAUUUUUCAACAGUAUGCCAUUUUGUCUGCAAUUUCUUCUAACCCACUGCACUGAUUCCUGCCCAUUUGCUUUUGUAUUCAAUAGUGAGGCAUGUUAAGCUUAAAGCAUGUUAUGAUGGCGGGUGAUGCAAGAGUGCUUCUAGUGCUAGUGUGAAAUUUAUUGUGAGAUAUACAAUGUUGGAGUAACGUUUCUGUGAGAUGAAAGGUGCUUUUGCUCUAAUUUGCAGGAGCUAGGUGUUUGUAUCCACUGACAUGCUUCCUUCUGUGAAGACUUGGAAGAAGCCAUUUUUUAAUUUAUUUUUUUACACGAAGCAGGAAAGAGAAAUAGGUCUUCUAUAUCUUAAAGAGGACCUGCAUCAGAAUUCUGUUCUUUCAUUCACAUAGAAGAUGCCUUAUCACAGAACUUGUGCAAGUGCCUUCCAGAAGUCAUUGCUAUGGUCAAAGGAAAUAAAAUUGUUACAACACGUG